AUGGGCACAGCAGCCAAAGAGCACUGGGCCCUAGAAGAGAAUCCAGAGGCGUGGCAAGUGAAGAGGCAGAGGCCGAGCGGUCCUGACAAGCCUCCUUUCACAAGGAUCACCGCGGGUGGUCUGCUCGCGGGGGAACCGCGUGUGACCAUCGCCUGGGAGGAUGGUGAUCCUGUUCGUCGCAACGUGGAGCCACUAGGUGUGAUGUGGGCGGCGAUGCCCAUACCAGCUCCAGAGGAGUGGGCGGAUGUCAUGCAGCUUGUGCAUGCACCCUGCAAGAACUCCAUCGACGCAACCAGUCUCUUCUCAGAGCCCUACUCCUGUCUGCGUCGAUAUGUGGAGGCCGCCUUGGGCUGUCAUCUUCCCAUGCCGACUACCGAUGCAUUGCCAUCUCAAAGCCCAAUGCUGCCCGGCAUCGUUGCUGUCGUUGGACCACCGGGGUCUGGCAAGUCAAGACUUUGUCAGAGGGUACUGGGUGACCUCGUGGCAGAAGGAGUUCUAGCUGUGCAGGUUGCUUGCAGCAAGCUUGGACCUGGGAGGAAGUUCAAGGCAGUGCAGGACUGGCUGCGAUCAAGUCUUUCCUUCGCGUGUUGGUACUCUCCUUGCGUGCUGUUAUUGGAUGAUUUCGGAGCAUUGUGCCCAGAUGUGGAGCCAGGAGCUCCGAAUCUUUCCGUGUCUGAGGAACGUUCACCACUCUUGGCAGAGAUGAUCUUGGACGUCUUGCCGCAGGUUCGCUCUUCUGGUGCUCGUGUGGCAUGCGUUGCUACAAUGCACGAUGAUGCAUCGGUGCAUCGGAUGCUCUGGACGUGGCCAGCCUUGGAGCACAAGGUCCUGAUUCGGCAGCCCCAGCUGAAGGAACGGCCCGAGAUCCUGCAGGCCCUCUGCCACCACAAGGACCGACGGGCCCGGCAGGUCCGAAGACAGAGCUUCUUGAUGCUCUGUGGCCACGUGCAGGUUGCAGAUGGAUGGGAGGUCGACGAGGCCUCGGUGUCACCCAGCCUUGCUUUCGGAAGGGGCAAUGGACGACUGGGCUGGACGUUUUCGACUGAGCUGGUGAGAAGGAAACUUCUCGUGGGCAUUGAUGGCUUCAGCGUUGCCGAUCUCGCCAGCGUGGUGGAGCGGGCUUGCGUCGAGGCCACGGUCGAUGCCAGUGCCGGGAGGCUUCGAGGAGGAGACUCACGCUUGCCCGAGUGGGGCGACCGCCAGCGCAUGUCCAUGCAGCAUCUCGCCAAAGCUUGCGAGGAUUUUGUGCCAGCUUCCAUGGCUGACCAGAGCUUCUUCACAUCGGACAUAGUCCUGAAGGACAUUGGAGGUCUGACCGAUGUGAAGCAGGAACUGAUGGACAUGCUUACCAUGCCCACGAGGUAUGCCGUUCUCCUUGACCGUGCCCCUGUUCGAACGAGAAAGGGCUUGAUGCUGGUGGGCCCUCCUGGUUGUGGCAAGACGAUGCUGAUUCAGGCAGCUGCUUCCGAAACCAAGGGCCUUCUGAGGUUCUUGUCAGUGAAAGGUCCCGAGCUUCUCUCCAAGUAUAUCGGGGAGUCAGAGGCCGGUGUACGGAAGGUGUUCGAACGGGCUGCAGCAGCAGCUCCUGCCGUGAUUUUCUUUGACGAAAUAGAGGCGUUGGCGCCAAAGCGGGGAGCUGACUCGACGGGGGUGACCGAUCGAGUUGUCAACCAGAUGCUAUGUUACUUGGAUGGGGUAGAAGACAGAGGUCGGGUCUUCGUUGUUGCUGCGACGGGACGACCGGACAUGGUUGAUCCGGCUCUUAUGCGACCCGGGCGCUUCGACAAGAUCUGCUACUGCGGUCUCCCGUCAGAUUCUGAAAGGCUCGCCAUAUGCGAAAUUCUCGCAAGGCGUAUCCCAACACUUCUGAAGCACGUUGUCGCACAUCGGCGGGUCAUGUCCCCAAAGAAGCGGAGGAGCUGGGCUGACCAAGGUCCCUCCUCGUCAUCGCAGAGCCGUGUGUCGACCGAUUCGCAGGUGUCGGCAGUUUCUGGCGCGUCGGCAUCCGGUGUUCAUGUGGAGACUGCCGAGGCUUGUCGGCAGAGUACCCUGUGGGCCCGUCGUUCGCGAUUGGGGAGUGCGGUAGUUGCGUCCCAUGAUGUGGAGAAGCAAGCCGUCACGCGGACGCCGAAUGCCGAAGAACGGCGAGCGCUGCGCCGCAAGUCUGGGCGUGUGGCCCAAGUUGCGAAGCGGCAGGCCCAGAUUCAGAAGGUCUGCGAUGAUUGCGGCCGGUCUCUGUUGGAGAUGCCAGCGCCACCGCCACCGGAUAUCAACUUGUCACGGCGUGAAUGGAACAUUCAGUUUGGGGCCUGGAAGCAGCGCCAGCGUCGACAUUCCCUCGGCAAGGGCUCAAGCAAAGGCCAGAAGGGCAAGCAUGGCAAGAAGGGCAAGAAAAGCAGAAAUGGACACCUGUACUCUGCACUGGAGACGGCAAAGGCACUCCUCUGCGGGCAUGACUGGGGCACUUUUUCCCAGCAAGACUUGACUCGAGGGCGCUGGAUUGUGGAUGCCACUGGCACUCGCGUGAAGCUCGCCUGCGUCAACUGGGCCGGUGCGGAAGUGAAGGACGGCAUCGUCGGUGGCUUACAUGCCCGAAAUGUGACGAGUAUUGCAGCCACCUUCAAGUCAAUGGGUUUCAAUUGCGUCCGCUUCCCGUGGUCUGUUUGGAUGGUUCAGACGAACCCACAAGUUCCAGACGACCUGCAAGAGUCUCUCCUGGCUGCGAAUCCGCAGUUGAUGGGAUUGAGAACGCUGGAGGUGCUAGAUGCCGUCAUUGAUGCUUGUGCUGCCGAAGAACUGCUCAUCUUUCUGGACAACCACGUGUCAGAUGGGACCUGGUGCUGCAGUGACUUUGAUGAGAACGGUCUGUGGUACAACAGCCGCUGGCCAACCAGCGACUGGCUCGAGGCACAUGUGAACCUCGCUGCCCGCUACGCGAGGCGGCCCUAUGUUGUUGGGACCGAGUUGCGGAACGAGGUCCGUGCGAGUGCCCCCGGUGGGGCACCGCAUUGGGGUGGUGGAGGACUCAACGACUGGCACGCUGCAGCCACCGAGGCUGGCAAUGCCAUACUGUCGGUAAAUCCAUCAUUGCUGAUUGCUGUCGGCGGGAUCAAUUAUGGCAAGGAUCUCUCUGGUGUUUACAGGCUGCCCGUGAAGCUCGACAAGCCCAACAAGCUUGUGUACACCUCCCACAGCUACUCAUGGUCCUACCCGUGGUUGGCCGAUAGCUACCAGGCCUUACACGGGCAGCUGGGCAAGGACUGGGGCUUCAUCGUUGAGGAACACAGGCCAUUUACUGCACCAGUCUGGGUCAGUGAAUUUGGCACUUUCAGCGACUGCCACAAGGACUCCUGCGCCAACUGGUGGCCGGACUUCCUGCAGUACUUGCUUCAGGGCGACUUCGAUUGGGCUGUUUGGCAUGGAGAUGGCACCUGGAGCCGGGAUGACCUACACCCUUUUCAUGGCCCGACGAACUAUGGCGUGCUGGCUGCCGACUGGCAAACCCCAGCAGCCAGCGGCGAACUGCUUGCUGCGCUCCAAACGGUUCAGGCUCCGUGGAGUGGACCAGGUGUGAACUCCUCGGCACAGCGUUGCAAUGCGCACUGCGCGGACUCCUGGGACUCAGGAUGGAGCAACGGGCGAGCGAACGCCGCCGCUUGCGCCCCGUGUCUUCGGAACAGGCCUUGCCGAGGCAACUUGUCGGUUGAGGAGUGGUGCAGCAACGGAUGGGCGAAGGUGAGCUGUAGCUGGACGUGCUGUCGUGCAGGGCUGCUGGAGCCACAGACGUGCGAAAAGUCUCACUGUCAAAGUCGCUAUUCAGACAACUAUGAUCCCUCGUGGCCAUCGCAUCUUGUGAACACCAGCGCCUGUUUGAUCUGCUUACAAGACGAGCAGUGCCGCGGAUUCAGAAGCCGAUCCAGCUGGUGCACAAGCCCUUGGGCGGCGACACACUGUCAGUUGACAUGCUGCACGGCCGGCUUCGUUUCUCCUUCGAAGAAGCCGGCUUCUCUCUUCCUGCAGUAG